AUGAAUCCAUACCAAAUCCUCGGCGUCGCAAGCUCGAGCACAGAGAGUGAAGUCAAACAGGCGUACCGAAAAUCAGCCCUACUGCAUCACCCAGACAAAGCAGGGCCAGAAUCGACAGCAAGAUUCCAGACUCUUCGGACCGCAUACGAGCAGAUCAUCGAGAAGGGCUUUGCGACCAUUAAAACGAGCUCUGCAACUCAGACACCAGAGCGAAGCCAUCAAUCCGAGAACGAAAGAUGGGGUUCGCAUGCAUAUGAGCGAUGGGUCGAAAGCAGGACAGCAAAGCCUGUACAAAGAAAGUGGGCAGGUUCUUUCAAGAGAUCUCGAUGUGGAAAAUCGGAGGUAAAUGCUAGUGAUGCACCUUCAGAUAUGUAUUCUUCUUCCAAGAAACCGCCGUCGAGAGGAACGGCAGCCAAGGCGACUCGAGUGAAAGAGAGCCUGGCGGAUGAUGAGUGGCAGACAGGCUGGGAGGGUUUCAAGCGCAAACCUUAG